UCGACUCGGUUUCUCAUGCUGUGAAUCCGUGCUGUGAAUCCGUGUCGGGCUCUCUUGGUCCGUGGAUUCGAGUUUUUGUUCAUCCGAAAUCGGGUGAUUCUGUGCUGUUUUCCCGCUGGAGUUAGCUUUGACUUUUUGGUUUUUAUUCCAGUGUCUUUCACGGGAAAUAUAAUGGGAGGUGACUAUGGAUUGUGUUGAGUUGUGAUAAGGAGUGAAUCGUGGGCAUUCGGUUCAGAUGGAGUGAUGGUUGAAUUGAGGAGAGAGAGAGAGAGAGAGAGAGAGAGAGUGUGUGGGAGAGAGUAGGUCUGGAGUCUUGGGACCUGCGGCCUAUGCGAGGUCGUUCAAAAUCAGCAAGUGCAUGUUGUUGAGAGGCAAAAUUGGUCAUCGUCAUUGUUUGUUAAUGUUGGAACCUGAGACUGUAUACAAGGCUUAUAACAGUCAUGGGUUUUGAGUGGUGUGAUGCAAGUUUCUUGGGACCUAAUCUGUUGCAUUCAUAUGGACGCCGUUCAACUUGACAGUAGCUCAUUUUAUGUGCUGCAUUGACACCCUUGAUUGAUUUCCUGCUGCAAUGAUCAACACUUUUGUCAUCAUAUUUGGGAAGAAUGCAACAUAUGUCAUUUUAUUGUAUCAAACGUGGAGGUUUAGAGAUGGGAUGGGUUUGAAUGCAAACAGGCCUGUGAAUCAUCUUGUUUGCAGGCUUAAGGAGGUUAGGUUAUGCAGGUUGGGAGUGUAAAUCUUAGGCUACCAAAUAUGUGUACAGAUGUUUAUUCAAUUCUUCUACGGGCAUAUGCCAAUGUGCAGAACAACUUUGGUAGGGGGCAUCGGGACAAAGUUCAACAGUUCAUGAGAAUUGCUGGAGCGAAUGAAAAGGCCGCUCUGACAGCCUUGAAGGCUAGCGAUUGGAACUUGGAAGGAGCUUUUGAAAACUUUUACAACCAGCCACCUGCUAGACCACUUGUAGAUCCACGGCAUUUAGAAGAGUUUUAUCUGAAAUAUAAAGAUGCUUAUUCGGACAUGAUCAUGGUUGAUGGAGUUUCAGCAUUCUGUGAUGAUUUACAGGUAGACCCUGGAGAUGUCGUUAUGCUUGUAAUCUCCUGGCAUAUGAAAGCAGCCACUAUGUCUGAGUUCUCAAAACAGGAGUUUUCCAAUGGUCUCCAAUCAAUAGGGGUGGACUCACUGGACAAACUCAAGUCCCUCCUCCCCUACUUGCGAGCAGAGCUAAAAGAUGAGCAUAAAUUUCGGGAGAUCUACAACUUCGCUUUCAGUUGGGCUAAAGAAAAGGGACAGAAAUCAUUGGCGUUGGACACUGCCCUGGGCAUGUGGCAAUUGUUAUUUGCAGAGCGUGUAUGGCCUCUCGUGGAUCCAUGGUGCCAGUUUCUGCAAGCUAAGCACAACAAGGCCAUCUCUAAGGAUACCUGGGUUCAACUUCUUGAUUUCUCCAGGACAAUCGUUCCUUCGCUUUCGAACUACGACGCAGAAGGCGCUUGGCCUUAUUUGAUUGACGAGUUUGUGGAGUACUUACGGGACAUUGGGGUGGUGCAUCCUUGUUAAGUAUGCUUGCUUGGUUGUGUUUUUGAUAUUCAUUAGGAUUGCUGUUCCUGCUUGAGACUCUUGUCCAUGCUAUUUAUCUCCAUUGGAAGGUCGAUCGACUGCUAUCCAGUGCUUGCAGUAAAAUUUUGAGUGUUAAGUAUUCUCAAAGAUUA